CUGACAUGCGCAGUGCGUCACAAGAGGCCGACGCACUGUGGGAAUGAUGGCGUCGUCAGUUGCUCGCCGUUCCACACGCUGGUUUACUGUCAUCGUGUCCUCCGGACAUCAACUUGCAGCCGGUGCCGUUGUCUCGUCUUCCCAUGGAGGAGUCCGGGGGGUUUCUACAUUCAGAGCCGGGACGCUUUGGCCCGGAGUGCGCCUGGGCUGUGGCGGGGCUGGGAAAGGGUUGACAUUGAAAGGGCUUCCAGGUUUCAAAGCGGCCCACAUUGUGUGCACGUUUCACACAAGCCCAUCAGCCAACAACAAGCAGGACUUUUACCAGAUCCUUGGUGUACCUCGCACAGCAACCCAAAAAGAGAUCAAGAAAGCCUACUACCAGUUGGCCAAAAAGUACCAUCCUGACGCCAACAAAGACGACCAGCAAGCCAAGGAGAAAUUUGCACAGCUGGCUGAGGCUUAUGAGGUGCUCGGCGACGAAGCCAAGAGGAAGCAGUAUGACACAUACGGCUCGGCUGGCUUUGACGCCGGGCAGGCCGGCAGAGGGCAGCAGUAUUGGUCGGGGCAAGCCAGCGGCGUGGACCCGGAUGAGCUUUUCCGCAAGAUUUUUGGAGAGUUCUCGGGAGGGCGUGGAUUUGGGGACUUUAACGCCAUCUUUGAUCAGCCACAGGAGUACAUCAUGGAGCUGACAUUCACUCAAGCGGCAAAGGGGGUCAACAAGGAGAUGUCUAUAAACAUGGAAGCAUCCUGCCAGCGUUGCCAUGGCAAGGGCCAUGAGCCGGGCACCAAGGUCCAGCACUGCCACCACUGCAACGGCUCCGGCAUGGAGACGGUAAACACGGGCCCGUUCGUGAUGCGCUCCACGUGCCGGCGCUGCGGUGGCAAGGGAACGGUCAUAUCAUCCCCGUGUCACUCGUGCCGUGGGACGGGACAAACCAAGCAGAGGAAAACCGUAAUGGUGCCGGUGCCCGCGGGAGUGGAGGACGGCCAGACUGUCCGAAUGCCAGUUGGGAAGAAGGAGAUCUUCAUCACGUUUAGGGUCCAAAAGAGCCCGGUGUUCAGGAGGGACGGCGCAGACAUCCACUCCGACCUUCACAUCUCGGUGGCACAAGCCAUCCUGGGCGGGACGGCCAGAGCGCAAGGCCUCUAUGAGACGCUUAAUUUAGCUAUCCCGGCAGGCAUCCAGACGGACCAGAGGAUCCACCUGGCAGGGAAGGGAAUCGCUCGCGUCAGCGGCUACGGCUUCGGCGAUCACUACGUCCAUGUCAAAAUAAAAGUACCCAAGACGCUGACAGACCGGCAGCGAGCUCUGCUGAUGAGCUAUGCAGAGGACGAGGCGGACGUGGAGGGAACAGUUAACGGCGUCACGGCCACCAACACGGGUGGGGGCAGCAGUGGUAAGCAAUGUGAGGAGUUGAAACCAGAGGGGGGCUUCUUCUCCAAAUUGAAGAGAUUAUUUAGUUCUUCCUGACAGCCACAAACCAGGACUCCUGCUGUUGUCCAAUCUUGUCCAGUCUUUACACGCACGCAUCCUCCUUUCCUCUCCUCUCCAAGGUAAGAGAUCUUCCUGGAACUGAGACACUUCAUCAUGUCGCGCGAGGGCGGCCAUGUUUGAGGCACACCAGCCCCGCAUCACCAAACCUAUGGUGAAAGGAAAGGAAAGACUCCAGCGGGCUCAAACGCUUACUCCACCAAGACAGCAGCAGGCUGCACAUGCACACAGAAACUAUGAAGACACAAAUACCGUGAGAUACGACGUCCUGCUGCUCCUGCUUUGGAGAAUGCGUACUAACACAUCCACCAGGGCAAGACGACACAAUGGUCAAUUCAUGUUGCUUAUUUGUCAGCAUUCCUGAACCUUUAGUGACCCACAAUGACUUCAUCCGGCCUUCCGUGCCGUCUUUACGCUUGUACAGUUACAUUAAACGCAACACAAGACAAAAUGUACUCUACACAAAUAAAAGCUACAGUCUCACAAG